AUUAAAAAGUCACAGGUUCUUCAUAACCGGACCGGGAAAAACAACUACUCGUCUUUUGAAGAGUUGAUUAGUCCUCAAAUAGAUCUUUGGUGUAUUCAAAUUGUAUUUAACAUCUCUGAUCCUGUCAGUCAUCCUCCUCACAAAAGAUGACAUUGUCAUGUUAAGUCAUGUCUCACUUUUUAGCUGCAAUAUUUAAGUGAAUCUUUCGACAGUCGACAGUUGUCCUCGGUGGCAACGACCACUGAGAGCACGGCAGCGUUUGACAUUUAAUGUCCUUCGUUCAGUGGCAAGUUACACCACAUUUUAGCGUCUUUUGAGUCCAUGAGUCCGCCUUCCUGUUCAGCGAUGGAGUUUCACCAACAUGGAACCGAAAUUUCGUCCCCAAACGAACCGUUCAAGAACCUGUCUUUUACUACGCUAUCGAGUUUGGAAUUUGAAGCACUGAACAGUCUGGAUGAAAGCAUACGAUAUCACGAAACGAACGCUGUAGAUGAGAACAUCCAGUCUAGCAAGGAGCUGGGGAGACAUGACAAGAAAUUAGAGAACAAUGAUGUGAUGUUGCUGGAACCUCCGAACCAAGCUACUGCAACAAGACAACCAGGAAAAUUAAACGCUGGAUUUAUCUUGUUUGAUGGAGCUGAAAUGAAAUAUAUUUCAAAUGACGGAAAAGAUACAGAAACGCUAUCAAAACCGCCGGAACAACCAAACACGGACGGAAGUUUCCGAAGCAAAAGUUCCGAGUGUUCUACAAACAUUUCCGAUCAACCAGCGUAUUUGAAUUUAAGCUCUGAUGACUUAGUGGUGCGGGAGUCCUUCAAUGACAAGAAUUCGCGAAUUUCGCUGACACCCUACAAAAGGCUGCCAACCUAUGUUCAUUUUUCAACACCACAAAAAUUUUACUUGCUCUCUAUUGGUGCAGCUACCGUGUUAGCAGCGAACGCGUUUUACAUGAGUAUUGCGUUUUUCCUUUCAUUCCUCGGAAAGCAAGGUUUGUCAGAAAUAGGAAUUUGUCUUCACAUUCCGUUUCUAGCCUCCAUUUUGUUUACACUGUGCGGUAAGAAACACUGGGUACCAUUCCUCCCGACUGUUCCCAUCUGCCUAGUUUUGAUGGCUGCCUCUGUGGCCGUACUCCCGUCUCUUACGGCAGCUGGGAUUUCGCUGUCAAUCUUUGUUAUAUAUGGUGUAAUAACAAUCAAUGGUCUCUGUGCAGGUCUCAGCCAAUCAUUAGUCAAUCGUAUGGUUGUGUUGUUUCCUGGCGGGAAAAGCAGCUUGCUGGUUCGCUAUGGUGAAGGUCUUGGUUCUUUAUUACCAGCAGUGGUUCAACUAAUACUGUGUCUUUACCUUGGAAUAAACUUCACCGAACCAAAGCUGACUGACUCAACCACACUUUGUCUUUACGCGUUGUUUGGUGUCGUGUUCCUUGGAAUCAUAACAGGACUGGUAUCAUUCUUAAAGCUACGUAAAAGUGGGAUAUAUGAACUAUUUGCGGCUCGUGACUGCAUUGCUCACAGUCCUAAGAAUAUAACAUUAGGAUCUGUCCCAGAAACAGCUAAAAGACGGUACCACACAGUAAAGUGGUAUUUACUUGUGGAGUUUACGCUCUCAUUUACAAGUUACUUUGUGCUGUCUUUAGCACCGUCUAUUCAUGAAGCGACCUUCGAAAGUCCACAAUCAAACACUGAACCUUUCUGGAGAGUCUAUCUGGCUACAGUUUUGAUCGCAUUUUUCAGAGCUGGUCAUUUUUUUGGAGAAGUUCUAUCUCGUCUCUGCUACAAUGUACAGCUAAAACUCGACAACGACGUUAAGAUGUUCCUAUAUUUAUCAGCGUCAAUUCUUCGCCUUGGUUUUAUCAUCUGUGCCGUGAUUUUCACUCGUUCUCCUUUCUUAGUCUAUAACAAUUUGUUCAUGAUAGGUUUCUUCUUCAUGUUAGCUUUCACAAAUAGUUUUCUGUCCGUUACCAUGGCAUCAAGUUGUCAGUCACUGAUCAGGGUACAGCGAAACGACACAUGCCCCAUAGUGUCGCAGUUACUCUGGAUUGCAGAAGUACUGGGGGCAAAUGUUGGUAUUGCCUUAUCAUUCGUACAACUGACAAUUUAGAGUUAACAGAGCCCAUAAUAGUCAGAUUGGAGACUCGUACUGAUGAUGACGCAGAAUAAAGAUCCAUGGGACCUGCCUGUGUAACUCAUUGAUUGAGGACUUCAAACGAAAGUUACAACCAGAUCGUGACAAUGCUUAAGUUUCUAUGCUGCGCCUUAAACAGGCUUAAAGACACUUUUCCUCUGCUUUAGGUGAAAAAGCAUAAAUGAGCUGACCUCAGCAAAAUAAUGACAUAAGAAAUAACAGACAUAAUAUACUUAAGUCUUUUAUUGCUAGAAAUUAGAAAAAAUGUUUAUGUACAGGCUUUAACGUAUAAUGGAAAAUAAAA